AUGACCGAGGUUUCGACCGCGACCGACGAAUCUGAUAGCCGGAGGGACGUUGUCGCGAACAACAACAACAACAACAACAGCAACAGCCAGCUCAAUUCUCCCAGGCUGUCGAGUCCAGGAUGGGGGGUGAAACCCAAUGCGCUCAGUGACAAGCGCACGCAGCCGGUUUCACCAUCAUUACCUGCCAAAUCUCGCACGGCGCCGGUGACUGGAGAGCUCGUUGAUCCCACCGAGAACGCCGCUAUUGACCCCCUUUCCCAUCACAUCCUGAAACGAACUCAGACGGAAAAGUCGAUCCCAUACAAGCUACGAUCUCAGACUUCCCAUGGCCAGGACUCGAGCGCAGACGGAAGCAGGCUGAGUCCAACGGAUCAGAUCAGCCAUCGCAACGAGACGUUUCCUCUCAGCACAAAGGCGGCCAAGGAGAAAAGAAAAGGCGUGUCGUUCCUCAGCCGCAUCAUCGGCACAAAAAAGGCCCAGUUCCCCGACGAUGCAAACGACUCGCAUGCCUCCGGGUCCCAAGUGGGAGGAGAAUCCGGCAAGGACGAUAUAUUUGCGCAUCCGGUCGGCUUCAUCCCGCGAUUCCCGCCGCCGCCCAAAUACAUCAAAGUCAAGGCGCACUUCAAGAAACACAAAGCCUUUGACCACGUAUUCUUAGCGCAGGAGCUUGACAGCGUGGAUGAUGACGAUAGCGGGCCGGAUGCGGCGGCCAAGUCAACCAGUAAUAAUAAUAAUAAUAAUAAUAAUAAUAACAACAACAACAACAAGGCGAUUUGGGCCAUGGUAUUUUCAAAGGAUGGCAAAUACCUCGCUGCCGCUGGCCAAGACAAGAUCGUCCGCGUGUGGGCUGUCAUCACGAACACGGAGGACCGCGAGGCUCACGAGCAGGAAGAAAAUGAAAUCAAAGGUGAUGAGGGUUUGCGACUGACUGCGCCGGUCUUCAAAACCAAACCGAUCCGCGAGUAUCACGGACAUACGGGGAGCGUACUAGAUCUCAGCUGGAGCAAGAAUAAUUUUCUACUCUCUUCAUCCAUGGACCGCACUGUUCGCCUGUGGCAUGUGAGCAGGGCGGAAUGUCUCUGCUGUUUCAAACACAGCGAUUUCGUAACGUCGAUCCAGUUUCACCCGCGCGACGAUCGAUUCUUCCUUGCCGGCUCGCUUGAUUCCAAGCUGCGACUUUGGAGCAUCCCUGAUAAGAGUGUAGCAUUCUUGGCAACGGUGCGUGAUAUGAUUACGUCGGUUGCUUUCACGCCAGACGGGAAAUACGCCAUCGCUGGAUGCCUGAAUGGGCUCUGCAUUCUGUACGAGACGGACGGACUCAAGGCGAAUUCGCAGGUACAUGUGCGCUCGGCGAGAGGGCGGAAUGCAAAGGGCAGCAAAAUCACCGGCAUCGACACGAUUGCCAACCCCAAUGGCGAUAUAAAGCUCCUGAUCACCAGCAACGACUCUCGGAUUCGAUUGUACAAUUUCAAGGACCGGAGCCUAGAGGCGAAAUAUCGAGGAAACGAGAAUUCCACCAGCCAGAUUCGAGCGUCGUUUAGCGACGAUGGCAAGUAUAUCAUUUGCGGCAGCGAGGAUCGAAGUACAUACAUCUGGCCGACGGGGGCAGUGGACAAAGAAGGCAAACGUGCUCUGGAAGAGUUAGAAACGCGCACGGAUAUCGUCACUUGCGCCAUCAUGGCGCCGACCUCUACGAAACAGCUGUUGGGGUUCUCGGGCGACCCCUUGUACGAUCUCUGCAACCCACCGCCCAUUACUCUGGUCAGUCAAAUGGAUUCGGCUCGGUCAUCCAAAGUCAGCUUUGACCAGAAGGAUCAACGAGAUACCACGCCGACAGCGGCAAAGGCCACAAAAGCCUCGCCUGCGUACCUUGCUCGAUCAACCCAUCCGGAUGGGAAUAUCAUUCUGGCGGCGGACUAUUCCGGGCGAAUCAAAGUAUUCCGACAGGAUUGCGCUUACAACAAACGGCCAAGUUCUUCGAAACUACUGGGACGGUCGAAUUCGGGACGGCAUAGUAUCGCUUCGUCGAUCGGGCGUGAGUCCCGGACGCCCUCUGAGCGGAUAUUGGCAUGGCGAAGCUCUGUGGCCGGCACUGAACUAGCGAGUAUCAACUCUCCGUCCAACGGCAGUCGGAAUCGCACGCCAUCUCCGCGCAAGUCUGCGCUCCGGCGGUCGCGGUAUUCCAGUCCCGUCAAUAGUCCUCCCCCGAAGACGGAAUCUGACUACGCAACCCCGGCCACACAUUCAAUAGCCGACGAGGAAUCCGAGCAUGGGGACCCGGCGAGGAUAGAAAUCACGAAUGUCGAAGACGAGUCGAACUCUGUAUCCGAGCCUGGGUCUGGGUCUGGGUCUGGCUAUGAAUCCGAAUCAGAAGCGGUAACCGAGGACAAGAACGAGGAUAACACAGACAAAGAACAGCCCAUACUCGACAUCCCUCGGUUCAUCGAAAGCGGACAAAGUAAUGCCUUUUGGACCAAAAGUGCCGAGUUUGUGCGCAACAUCAGAUCCGGACGACUGCUACAUCCGAACGAUGCCGCCACGGUGCGUCAUGGUCAUGACUACGACGACGAUGGCAACAAUAACGGCGACGCGCUUCGCCGGAAGUCGAGUGCCGUCAGCGCUCUGAGCAGCGAUAUGACCUCCUCGGUCGGCAGCGACGACGACAUGGCUACGAGCGCAACUUCUCGCAACGGACAAGCACUGGACGAAGGGGAAGUUCUGCGGUGCAUGCGAUGUCGUGGGACGAAUUUCCGCGCGACCAAGAUGAGAGGCACGCAGAAGCUGGUUUGCGUGCGGUGCAACACUGUUGCGAAGUGA